AUGGAAAUGCUAAGCCUAGCAUUGGCAGUUUUGAUUGCCACAGCCAUGGCAACUGUGCCUUCCUCCUCUGCAUCACUAGUAACAUUUGUGUUCGGUGACUCGUUGACAGAGGUCGGAAACAACAAUUUCCUGCAACUCUCCCUUGCAAAAUCAAAUUUUCCUUACUACGGUAUUGAUUAUACUGGUGGCCAACCUACAGGACGAUUCACAAAUGGGAGGACUAUCGGCGAUAUAAUAUCUGAAAAGCUUGGAAUUCCAUCACCGCCACCUUAUCUCUCUUUGUCAUCAAAUGACAACGCAAUCCUUAAAGGGGUUAAUUAUGCAUCUGGUGGAGCAGGAAUUCUUAAUGACACAGGACUUUAUUUCAUUCAAAGAUUAUCCUUCGAUGAUCAAAUAAAUAAUUUCAACAAGACAAAGGAAACAAUCAAGACUAAACUUGGAGGGGAGGCUGCAAACAAAUUUUGCAAUGAAGCCGUGUACUUCAUUGGAAUUGGUAGCAAUGACUAUGUCAAUAAUUUCUUGCAACCCUUCUUAGCUGACGGUCAGCAGUACACACACGACGAGUUCAUCGAACUCUUAAUGUCAACCUUAGACCAACAACUUACGAGGCUCUAUCAAUUAGGUGCAAGAAAGAUGGUCUUUCAUGGACUUGGUCCCCUAGGCUGCAUUCCUUCACAAAGGGUGAAAUCAAGAAAAGGGCAAUGCUUAAAGCAAGUCAAUAAGUGGGUGAUUCAGUUCAAUUCCAAAGUGCAAAAGCUAAUAAACUCUCUAAAUCAACGCCUCCCAACGGCACAAAUGGCAUUUGCAGAUACCUAUCCAGCAGUCCUAGAUUUGAUCACCAACCCUAAAGCCUAUGGUUUUAAAGUCUCCAACACAUCAUGUUGUAAUGUGGACACAAACAUUGGAGGGCUAUGCUUACCUAAUUCGAAGAUGUGCAGCAAUCGCAGUGAGUAUGUGUUCUGGGACGCUUUCCAUCCUUCGGAUGCUGCCAAUGCAGUGCUUGCAGACCGACUCUUUUCCAGCCUAUUUACAUCUCCUCCUGCUGCUGCACCAACUCCUUCUCAUUGACCAGUUCAGCUACAAAAUGUAAUUUGAAUUAUUAUAAACUUCAAAACCCAAUAAUAUGAAGGGUUUAUUUAUCCAUAACAAAUACCGAAAUAUGUGAAAGAGAGGUGUCUGGCCUGUGAGUCUCAGACAAUUAGUGAUUUAGUUACAUACCCCAUACUUGUAUCAAUAAUAUAACGAGAAAUAUUCAUGAUGAGCAGAAGACUUACCAAAUGCAGUGCUUGAAUGAGUCUACACUAUGUUUGAAAAAAAAAAAAAAAAAAAAAUGAAGCCUACACUGUUAGUCUGUUAGGGAUAAAAAUAGCAUGCAGGGUUCUUGUGCUUGCUGAUUGUUGAUAUACGUGCCACGACGUUUGCUUUAGUGGCACAAUCUCUGAAAAUAAGCACAAUUGGCCAAUAUUUAUCCGGCAUGCCCCUGAAAGAACCAAGUAUUCUCGAGCUAC